AUGCUCACGCCCUCCAAAGGGUGGUUUAAUCCCGGUUCUCGAAGGGCUAAGCUCCCUACGCGAGUAUUUACGAGGAGAUUUGUGAGAAUGGCUCGCAAUUAUGAGUUCCAUACAUCUCCGUACUACCCUGGAACGGCUAUUCCAUCCGAACUAAACCGACUGAAUCUAAUUCAUAUCGCGGGGACAAAAGGAAAAGGAUCGACAUGUGCAUUCAUCUCCUCGAUUCUGAGCCAAUACCUACCGUCCGCAUCCGUAUCCCCACGCUUAGCAGAUUCCCAACGGCCAAAGAUCUCAAAAGUCGGCCUGUACACAUCCCCACAUCUCCGCUUCAUUCGGGAGCGUAUUCAGAUCAACAAUGAGCCCAUCUCCGAACAGCAGUUUGCGAAUUACUUUUUUGAGAUUUGGGACAGGCUGGAGGCAUCGGCCAAGGCAGGUGGAAUGGAUCCGGCGGACCCUGUGUCGAAGCCUUCCUACUUCCGUUACCUGACGCUCAUGGCCUUCCACGCAUAUAUGUGCGAGGGCGUGGAUGCCGCGAUUAUCGAAUGUGGCAUUGGUGGCGAGUACGACUCGACGAAUGUCAUUGACAAGCCGGUUGUGACCGGGAUCACGAGCCUAGGAAUUGAUCAUCAGUCUACGUUAGGAAAUACCAUUGAAGAAAUCGCCUGGCAUAAAGCGGGGAUUAUGAAGAAGGGAGUCCCGGCAUUCACGGCUCCGCAGAUCGAGAAUGCCAGGGCCGUACUGGAAAAACGCGCGGUGGAAAAAGUGGCGGAGCUCCAUGUCGCAACUGGACAUCCGGAGCUCACCCCCAACAACCAAGCAGCAUUGCGACUGGGCCUUUCAGGAGAAUUUCAAUAUUCAAAUGCAAGCCUCGCCGUUGCUGUUGCUGGGUCCUUUCUGAGAUCCAGAGGUUUUCAAGACAUACCCCCUAAUUUGAACAGCUUACCACUACCGGACAAGUUUAAACGUGGCCUAAAAACAACUAAACUAGGCGGCCGCUGUGAAAUGCGUCUAGAGAAAAAUAUUGCCUGGUAUAUUGACGGUGCCCAUACGCUAGAAAGCAUCGAGGCGACAGGAAAAUGGUUCGUCUCUCAACAACCGCGAGCCACAGAGUCACCAGCAUCACCUCUAUCGUCGUCCUCAACAAACUCCAUCCCCCGUAUCCUCAUCUUCAACCAACAGACCCGCGACAGUGUCGGUCUCGCCCGCGCCCUCCACAACACCCUUUCUCUCUCCUCCGCUAACCUAACUUUCACCCAUGCCAUCUUCUGCACAAACGUUACGUUCAAGCAGUCUGGCUACAGGCCCGAUCUCGUCAGUCUAAACACAAGCGCAUCGGAUGUCGAGACUCUGAAGGUUCAACGAGCGCUCGCGCAAGCCUGGAAGGAAUUGUCGCCGUCGACCGAGGUAUUGGCAAAAGCUACCAUUGAAGAGGCUGUGGAUGUUGUUAGGGAGAUUGGGAAAGCUAGGGAACAAGAGUGUGAAGGGGUGCGUGAGGCCACAAUCUCCGCACUUGUUACUGGGAGCUUGCAUCUUGUUGGGGGACUUUUGGAAGUUUUGGAGACAACAUCGAGCAAUUGA